AGAGAAAGAAACAGGAGGAGGGAGGGAAAUGGGGAGGGAAAGGAAGGGAGGCAGAAACACUCACUCACACAGCGAGCAGGAGACAGAAAAGCAACCAGGCAGAGAGAGGGAGAGAGGGAGCUGGCGGACUGGUGGCCUUGCAUAACGCUCAGUGGAGCAAGCUUGCACGCAGGUCUUGGUGGGGUCUGCAGCACUGGGGAUCUUCCUUUUACCACUGGCCCUCGUUGCAAAGGGCAGGUAAGCCUGCGAACCGGAAUCAACAGAGACAGGCUGCACAAAGGACAGAAUCAGGAAGAAGAAUCCUGGGAUACUUAGACACAAACUGACACUGACAGGAAGAAUCAUUGGACAUGAUCUGCAGGCAGUGGCUGUGGACAGACUGAUUUUUCUCAACAUUGUGGAAGAGGCAGAUUGGUCAAAUAUGAUUCCUCAUGAAGUUUGUGGAGCUCAUUUUCUGAGCUGGAAUGACUCCAUCUUCUCUGGUGAGGCAGCUGGAGUUCUCCAUCAGUGAACACAACAAGUCAAAGCCAAAGAGAGCGCACGGAGGGCCCUGAACAAUACCACAGAGAAAAUAUUCUCAUAGGUGCAGAGAAGUAGUACAAAGGAGCAUUAAGACAGCUUGGGCACCAUGAAAGCUAAUCAAGAGCGGAGUAAUGGAUGCCUGCCUCCGAAGAAGCGUGAGAUCCUGGCUCUGGAGCAGAGGCCAGUUGUAGUAGCUGCAACUACACCUCCUGUUGCAGUACCUACUGAUAGUCCCCACACAGAAAACCUGGCCUGGCUUGCAAGUGUGGCCAGUGAACGCUGUAAGUCCAGAGAGACAGAAAGUCCAAGAUGUCCUAUUCCCUCAACAUCUUCUUCUCCUACUACGUCUAUCCCUUCCCCAGCAACUACCCUUUCUGCAGUGCCCUUGGCCUCUCUGCCUGCAGUUUAUCCAGCAGCCCUUCCCCAACAGGCUGGAACAAUCCAGUUUACCCAGCUGGGACCCAAUGUGCAAUUCAUCAGUUCUGGGCCCUAUGCUGGGUACAUAUCCUCCCAUAUCAUUCCAACAAAUGCUACUUCUGCACCUAAUAGCUCUGCAUUAGUAGGACAGCGCACCCAGAUAGAUGGUUACACCACUGCACUUAUAUCACCCAGCACCAAAGGGGAGCAGCAGUUUCAAAUUGGACUCUCCUCUUCAGAGUUGGCUCCUGUCACUCUUCCAAGUUCUCCCCAAGUAACCAAUCAGUACAUCCAUCUGGACAAUAGAACACCUCUGACUGUGAGCGGAAAUGCUGUAGCAUCACCUGCAGCUCACCUUCAGCUCCACCCUCAUGCAGCUGUUCUCCCACAAACUCUUACACUUGCCCCAUCACAGCUUGUGGUUCAGUAUGCAGAUGGUUCAGCUGGAAAGAAACCUGAAGGUCAUGCUAAGAGUGUUCUGAAUGGGGAAGUGGAAGUGGUCAAACAAGCCAAAGUCUCUGGGGCCAACCAUCAGCCUGUCCAGAGCUAUGAGGCCAGGCAUAUUCUCCUACCUGCUGACUAUGGCCAAAACCCUGCAGGUUUGCAGACCUCUUUGGUGCUUGUUGCCCAGCCAAACCAUGGAGUGGAACAUGAUGCUGGCUCAAAUAAAAUUUCCCUGGUCCAGACUGAGAAAGGAAGCAUUUGUUUAGGAAAGCCUGUAUCCAGAACCUCUUCAUUCUCUUCGCUUUCUUCCUCAGAAGUGGUCAAGUCUGUUCCUCAUACUGUCAUCCAAACUAGUCUGCCUCCUGAAGAACUGCCAGUCAGUCUCUACUCCUCCACACAGCCUCCCAUCAUUGGCUACAUCACCAGUGCAAACCAGCAUACUGUCAGCUACCAUGCAGCACUGCCACAGCACCUGGUGAUCCCAAGUGGCCAGUCCCUUCUCAUACCAGUCAGCAGUGCCAACAAUGGCACAGAAAUAGAGGUCAGUCGCACUGUCAGUGCCAUUACUGCCACUACCCCUCAAAUAUCCACCGCCAUGCCACAUGCCUACCUGGCCACAGCUCUAUCUAAAUGUGAAGCUCUUGGCCCAGAUGGAAAUCAACCGCCCUGUGCGCCACCACAGGCUGCAGCCUUGCCUGCAUUGCCCUCAAACCCAGUUCCCGCAGUGGUGGCUGCUCCAUCCCAAGCUCCUACUCCUGUGCCCACUCCUUCUCCCUCCUCUGUCCAAGUCUCUCCCUCUGUCUCUUCCCCAUCUUCUCCUGUAGCCCUCCCUCCUUUCUUUAUGCGAGGCUCUAUCAUCCAGCUGGCUGAUGGAGAGCUAAAGCGUGUGGAGGACCUCAAAACAGAAGACUUCAUCCAGAGUGCUGAGAUCAGCAGUGAGCUGAAGAUUGACUCCAGCACUGUGGAGCGCAUAGACUGUGGGCAAAGUCCCAAUGCAGUGCUCAUUCAGUUUUCUGUGGGGGAGCUCAAAGCCCAGGUGUGUGUAGAGGUGCUGGUGGAGUAUCCGUUCUUUGUUUUUGGCCAAGGCUGGUCAUCUUGCUGUCCUGACCGGACCACGCAACUGUUUGAGUUGUCAUGUGCCAAGCUUUGUGUCGGUGAUGUGUGUGUGUCACUGACUCUCCGCAGUUUGAGGAAUGGUUCCCUGACAGAUAGUCAAGCAUUGGGGACCAAGCUGAAGAUGGGUUCACUCUCUGACCUGUCCCACUGCGUGGAUCCUAAUGGGACGAACAGUAUCAAUCCCAACCCUCCUGGCAGUAACGGUAGUCUCCUCAUGAAGGCUUCCGCUGCCAACAGGAUGGAGAAACUUCAUGUUUCUGGACUUGGAGCAGGACAAAUUGGUGGGCUCGUAACAUCACCAUCUCCAGAACAGGCAGAAAGGAUGUUCAGAGGUGGACCAAUGCUGGCAGGCUCUGGGGGGACAGAAGUAAGACAGGAACCACUGAAAACAGACAUAUCUACCCUCUGUUCUGAUCCAGAGAGACCUUUUGUUCGCAAGAGACGCUGGUCAGCUCCAGAGCGAGACCAGACUGAGAAAGCUGAAGAAGAGCCACCCGUGACUCUGCCUAAGCCCUCCUUUCUACCCCAGGAAGUCAAAAUCAGCAUAGAGGGCCACUCAAGGGCUGGGGGCGAAAGAUUCUUAAAGAAAAGAAUUGACUGUUAAGAGAAUUUUAAAAUACCUAUUGUCAGCUUUGUGUUUAGCUUCGCUCUCUUUUCACUCAAUCAUGACUACUGUAAUAUAGCCUGAGAUUCUGCAGGAUAUACAUGUUUUCUUUCACACAAGGAAGAAGUAACGUAGAGCACCUUGACAAGUGGUAACACAAAAGAUCAGUGCAAUCAAUGCUGAAAGCAACAAUGAAUGCAAAGUGAAUGUUGAUCAUGAAUGGUGGACGUCUGUUAUAAGAGGGAUUUAUUUGGGACUGGAAUGAUUUUUCUAUUAAGACAAUGAAGCACAGACACUGUUGACAUGUUUGAAGAAGUGUGUGAGUGGAAGGUUGAGUAAGAGACAUUUGGUGUUUUAAGGACGAUGAUUAAUUGGGUUGACUGACCAGCUUUUCUGUCUCAUUGGUCUGAUUUGACUUUUGUCCUAUCGUCUAUAACUUUCACACCAUCAUGACUGCCUGAGCUGUAGAGAGAGGCCUUGUUCCUCUGUGCGAAUGUUUGUGUUUGGUUGUUGGUGUGUAUUUUUUUUUUGCCGUGGCUGAGAAACGGAGCAAAGGAUAUGAGGCGAUACUGUUAGCUGCGAACUCGGUCCAAGUUGUGGAAAUGAUGACUAAGAAGGCUUGAAUGUAAUAAUUCCCUGGGUAGUAACUCGUCAAGUCACGCAUGUGCUGUUUGUUACCAGCCUGAUGUGUAAAAUGAGAAUGUGGCUCAGAGUCUGAUGCAAUGAUGUUGCAACAGGCUAGUCUCAACAGUUUUGUGCAGACGAACUCCCAUGGUGAUAUUUCUUGGUUCACUACUCUGAAACUUUCCUUAAAGGAAUGCGUGGUUCAGGCUACUUUAUUCACGGCUUCUGCUUAUUACAUUUUUAACGCAGAGAUUAUGAAAAGUUAACAUUUCAACAAAAUGUUAAUAACUGAGCUCUGUCAUAGCUAUAGAAAGCACUGUCAUAUCUAGCCCUUCUACGAUAUUAAAUACGGCUACUAACUCAACUUAUUUUUGUUGGACACACACAAACUGUCUCAGUGCAUUUGUAUUAGUGUAUUAUUGAGAGCAAAAACUAAUAAACUGCAACUGUAUAACAAGAGAAUAAAACAGGACUGAAGUAAUAUAUGUGAGGACUGGUUGCUUCACCAAUAUUUCUGCCCUGACAUUUUUCACAACUGGAGCGUUUUGAUUCUUUCAUGCAUAUUUGAGAACUCCUUAGAAUCUCCCAUAGUCCAGCUUAAGGGUGUCUAAGCGUUGCUCAUACAAUGCGCCGUCUCUUUUCACAAAUUUCUUCUUUGGUGCUUCGGUCCACAGCUGAGCUCUGCGCCUUCCUCGCUCAGCUCCACCAGAAUAGCGGCAGCAGCAUUUAGCAAACACCUGGUGGAAAUGCGAAUUUGCUGAGCUUAUCAUACAAACUAUUUUGCAGCUCAGUGCUCCUACAAAUAGUUGUAAACAGCACAAUGGAGGAGCAUUGUUGUGAUGACAUGCUGAAAUGGGAGGGUUGGAAAGAGCAGGCACUUUUUAAAGAGACAGAGGCCUAAUUUCAAGGCAUCGAAUUGCAAAAACAAAUUAAUUUCAAAUUAUGUUCUACAUAUGCAGCAUUUUUAUAACAACUAAAGGUAACAUAGUUACUUGAAUGAGCUAUAAAAUGGCGCUAUGUGCCUGCAAAAUUCACACUUUACCACCCCUUAAUUCAGGGGUGUCAAACUCCAGUCCUCAAGGGCCGCUGUCCUGCAACUUUUAGAUGUGCCUCUGCUGCACCACCUGAAUAGAAUAAUUAGUUCAUUAGCAAGGCUGUGGAGAACUUAUCUACAUAAGAAGGAGGUAAUUAAGCCAUUUUGUUCCAGCGGUUUGUACAUGUAGCACAUCUAAAAACUGCAGGACAGCGGCCCUUGAGGACUGGAGUUUGACACCUGUGCCUUAAAUAGAUGAUGUCCCAUGAAUCUUAACCUUUGUACACAGACUAAUCUAGCACUAAAAAGUCUCAAGAUUCAGAUAACACAGCAGGCUUUGAUAAAGUCACUCCUCUAAUAAAACAAAAGAGACUGACAAUACAUAAGCUCUUUAAAACAAAACAUUUGCCUUUAGAAUAGGCAGUCAUACGUCCACUAAAGAUAGAAACUCUUUUCAAAGAAAAACAUAAAACCAACUUGAGCAUUUAAACUGUGGACAAUAAUCAAUCUUGUUCUAGUCCUUACUCGACUAUUUACUUCCUGACCCCUAAGCUUCCCAUAGCUGCUCAGGGAAACAGCAGUUUAGGUCAACAGAAGAUUUACUCCUAAAAAAUAAAGCAACUGCAAAAAUAUUGUAUUAUUUAUAAAUACCCAUACUCACAAAUUGUUUGUAUUAGUAUACAUGAGCUCAGAGAAACACACAACUUGCUUGACUCUUUACCUCCUGUUUACAUGCUAGAAAGCAUUAACCUCUAGAACCCGACGGACCCACCAGUGGGUCCGUCUAGAGGUUAAAGCCCAUGUGAUCCAUCAGUGCAGAAAGGGUUAAGCUGCAAACUUGGAUCUGAGGAUACAAGUGCACCAACAUCACCACAUCCUACCUGCAAGCUUAAAUAUUUUUGUAAUUUUUCCAACAUGCAACUAGAAAAAUCUGACUGAAGUGCCAAGCUACUAUAGAAAUUUAGAAAAGGCAGGUGUGAAACUUCCAAAAGUUAUUACAUCAAAGAUAUGGACUCCAGCAAAAAAAAUAAGGCUAUUUUAUUUUUGUAUAUGUGCUGGGAUCUUGCUAGUCGGGUCUGCAAAAGUCACUCCUAACAUUUUGUUACUAGUCGGAAAACUUGUGCAGAUCGAUGAACAACCUAAUUACCAAAAGGAGCACAACUCAGACAAAGUAUUUUCAUCGACUUUUGUUUUAUUUAGUCACUGUAGCUACCGGUUUAAUAGCAGAGGUUGUAACGUAACUUGUGAGUAACUAAUAUCUGCAAAGUUUUACUAAAGACAUGUAAGUGGCAGCUAUAUUGAAAUGUUGGAGAGGUUUGGUAGUAAACUUCACUUCUCAAGUCAUUAUUUUGGCUUUUAGAUGUUGCUCAAGCAGUUUUUUCCGGCUUUUGAUUUCAAAAAAGUAAAAAAACAACAAAAAAAACCCAACAACAUUGACAUUAAGCCUAAUUAGCUACAACUGAAAUUCAAUUCAAAACUCCGAAUGGGAAUUAAGGUGAGUUCCUAUUUCUUUAUUUGCAUGUCAUGUGGAAACUAGAUAACCAGAUGAAUAUUUUAUUAAGUGAGUUGAGGAUAUUGCUUUAUUAGUAGUGGUUAGCAUCCCUCUUGAGCUAUGAAAACGUAAAAUGUACAUCUUUUGCUGAUUUUAAUUGCAUACAAAAUGCUGCUGCCACAAUUUGUUUCAUAAGAUUUCCCACCAGAACUGACCUAAAGACCCUGCCAAGAAAAGUUGUCUUUCUGUCUAUAAAUAAUGGCGAAGGGUUCAGGUUUAUGGGCGACUGGUCUCAUUGUUGCUACUUUGCAUAUUUUACAAACACCAAGGCCUUGAUAUUUAGGAUGUAUCAAGUUUACAGCAGUACAUUGGGUUUUACAUUGAAACCUUAUUAUUGGUUUGUCUCUCUCAGGUCAGUUCCUGAUAUAUUAAGAGUGGUGGUGUUAAGAUUAAAACACCAAAAUCUUUGUGUUUCUGUUCUAGAAAAAGGAGACCUUCUACAGUUCAUACUCAGGAAGAAAGUUUAGGGAACAGAUGUUUUUUUUUUUUUUUUGUGGUGUGAGUGUGUAUGUGGGAAGACCUGAGAUAGCAUUCCCAUGUCAUUAGUCAAGUGUGUGUUGAAAAGCAGCACUUUGAUGGAGCGUCCAGUUGGAGCUUGUUAGCAAUGUUGAACCUCUCUUGCAGUUUUUAGAUAUAACAAUAAAAGUGAGUUUUUCUUAUCACUUUACAUGUUUUGCAGGUUUGUCAAUGAGAGAUACCAAUAUAGAAUGUAAAUGGACAUGAAGCAAAUUUUAUUUUUCUGAGGAUUUAUAAAGCUACUAUUCAGAGAAAGAAAGAGAUGCAGAGCUAACUAGCCACCUAGUGCUGAUCAUGUACAGUGAAAUUGUAUCUUAGAGAGAGUGUACAGAGUGUAAUCUAACCUUUUAAUGUACUGUAUGUGCCACAAAGCCUCCUUCUUCAAUCAUUCCAUUGACUCACCAAUACCUACAAGUUCUGCUAUUGUUAGUUUCGACUCUGGUAUUGAUCAAAUGUUCAUGAAUGUGCUAGGUCUCUUUUGGGAACACCAGCGUUGCUGAGGCUCCUCAAAGUUUAGUUUGUGUGAAAAAUGGACUGCAGUUUAUUCUAAUAGCCAUUAAACUCCUAAGAGGUGUUUAUUGUAUACCCAGAAAUCAGACUGUUCUGUUUGUGUGCGACUGCUCAGGCUAUUUAAAAAAAAAAAAAAAAGCAACAAAAAAACACUGCCCUCUGACUGUUCUCCUCCGAUGAUGUGGUCUUAUAUCCUUCACUGUUACAAACUAGAACUACUGUUUGUCUUACUAGGUAUUUUCUUUCUCCUCACUUGGCUCAUGUUUGUAGUUUUCCAAAGUGAAUUGUUUUCCAACUAAUGAAAUGUGGAGUUUAUUUCUGACUGAAAUGUUACGGUCAUAGACUGAUGUAAAGGAAGUGGAUGUAGCAUCAUAGAAAUUAAUGUUCUGUUGUUUUCUUUUCUGCGUCUUUGAAUUUGGCACCAGGGUCAUUUUUGAAUAUUUAUUUUCUGGCUUGAUGUGAAUACCAGAGUGAACACCAAGCUAUGGACUGGUGCUGUGAUUCUGGUUAUGAGAUGCAAUGGUUCCCGUUAUUUCCUGGACAUAAGAUCAAAUAAAACUUAAAGUAAUUUUGUUACAAUAGGUGAAAACCCCUAAAUGACUUGGCUAGUUAAUUAAGUCAAAACAAAUUAUAUCAAAACUAAUAAUAUAAAAUAAACAAUAACAUGAAUUAUAAGUCUAUAAUUCAUAUAAAACAAUGAUAAAAUAAUAAUAAAAAUAUAUCUAUAUAAUGUAUUUACAGACAAGUUAAAACACACUGAUGUCUGUCAAAUAUACAUUUUAAACAUUUGUUUUGUUCAGAGCAGAAACUCUAAGUUUGAAAACUGAUUUAUUUUCAUCUAAAAACAAAAAAAUCAAUUUUAAUUAUUGGAUGUCAUAUUCAAAUUUCAAAAUAAAUAAAUAAAAUAAAAUUAAAAACGCUAUCCGGCCACUACAGAAGUUCACCGGUUUGUUCACUAGCUAUUUAAAUUACCAAUACUUCAACGUCAAAGGAAACUGAGCCUGUUGCUUGUUUAGGAAAUCUGUACUAGAACUGAAAGAUGCUCUUUAGCAUCAUUACACAGAGGUACAUUGAAGCAAAUACUGUCUAAUAUUUCACACUGAAAACAAAAAGCAGUUUUAGUCUUUCUUUAUUCAUUAUGAAAACGCAAAGAUGUUUCCGCCUUAAUUCUCAUUCAAGAAACUUUAUAGUAUUAUGAAUUAAUUACACUAAUAAUAAGGGUUUGACAUAGCCAGUACACUCAUAAUAACCUAAGUGAAAAAUCUUCUGUAUUUUAUAUAUAGAAAACAAUGGGUUACAUUAAAAUGCCUCAGUUGUCAGAGCUUUUUAGCCAUCCCUUUCUGUUUUUUAAUUGGUUUGUAGAUCAAGAUGCUACGUUCACCUUUUACAUGGUCUGUGGCAACUGAAAGUUUUCUUAUGGCCAACAAAUCCAUACGUUAUGCUGUCGCCUGCAUUAAACUGUAAUACAAAUCUUUAUAAACUGUUUACAGAUGGUUUUUAUUUUAUUGUUUUGAAAAAAAAAAUACAAAAACUCUACAGUAAGCUCUACACUUUGCUUAAAGUUGAAAUAUUUUGGUUUUCAGACACAUUCCUGAUUUUAUUGUGGUUUAAUCUUCACUGUUACAUGUUCUGAACAGAUUGAUCAAUAAAAUCUGGAGAGGACAUACACAGUCUGUCAAGAAUAAAUCAAUCUGUCACUACUGUUUGAAAGAAAAUGUAAAGAAAACAUAUUAUUCUAACUAUUUGGGCAUCAGAGUGUGGACAAUUAAGCCCAUAAUAAUAUCUCUGGCAGAUUUAGAUUUGAAUAAAAAGUUUAUUUUCACCAAGAAGAUUUUUUUUCUGAUGGAAAAUUAGAAAGGUAUAUCUCAAAACAUGAUAAAACAAUGUAAAAGCAGUGGCCCUAACAAUUAUGAAAAAACACUAAAAAUAUGUUGUGUUAAAAAAAAAAGCUAUCCUCUAAAUAAGCAAUAUAAAAAAUCUUUACAGCAACCAAACCCUUUUAAUAUUUACUAACUUUUUUUUUUUGGUAUUUAGAGAUUUUAUCUUUGUAGUAUUUAAGGUUUGAAAGCCUCUUUGUCACCACUUAAACCUUUAGCCACCUUCACAGAGUCUUUAUGAGGUUAAAGACAGAACCCCUGUCUAUUUCAACAGGCUAAAUUAAAAGAUAUCUUAAGGUAAAAUCUGCCAGAGGUAUGAUUAAUUUUGGCCUCAACUGUACACUGUAUUUAAAAUUGCUUAAUCAUUAGAGACCUACAAAACCCUCCACAAUUAUUGGCUCCCCUGAUUAAGAUGUGUGGAAAAGCCUGAAAUGGUUCUUUUAGACACUUGGUAAACCCAAGUGUCAAUUAUUAAUGGAGAGAUUUUAUUUUACCUCCCAUCACAUUCUCCUCACUGUGUUUGGUGAUGAGCUAAAUUUGUGUCAUCAUUCAUUCUUGUUUGUAACAUUUCCCGUUGCUUAAAACUUAAUUGUUGCUUUUACUGUUGAAAUAAGCUGAUUUUAAUAAGACAUAACUUUCACUAAGAAAACAACUUACUAAUGAAGAUAAACACAUCUGAUUUGCUGUAAGGGCACAUUCUCUCAUCUAUGCUAUUUUGAAGAUCGGUUAGAAGAUAUGUGCAUCUUUAUCAUGACGUGUAAUCGAUGAAAACUUAAUUAUAUGUCAAAAGUUUCAGGACGCACUCGUCAAAUUAAAAAUAGAGAAAUACUAAUUCUGCUUAUAUAGUUAGUGGCUCUAAUAAAUGUGUCAUUGGUAAGUUCAUUAAAAUGUUUUUUUUAUUAUUAUUAAUUUGGAUGUUUUUUUUUCCCCCACUGAACAAAAUAGAAUUAAAAGUUGGACUUAUUUAUGUUUCGGUGUGAGACUAUGUUGCUGGAAUCAAAAUAUGCAUUUAUUUCGGGCUUUUUUAACUCAUCUGUACCGGGGCGGGAAGGUGCGGGGGUCCAUCGGCUUUUUACAGCUACUAACAGGAACAGAUACUCACAUAAGAGAAAUGCUUGCUGUCUUCUAAUGUGAUGUGUUGUCAGUAAGAGAACCUUAUCUCCAGGUUGAUACGUAAGAACCUUGCUGAUGCAGACAAUUUCACAUAUGCUGAGCUGUGAGUUAAACAGAGCAGUAAAAAUGAGCAGACGGAACAAAAUCACUUCAGAAGUUGGAGUACAGGUGCCACAGAUGUGAAGAGGCUUUAAAACAGACACCAGCAUUAAUUUGAAGGUUUAAUAUAAAUAAGGAACCAUUUUGGCUAAAGAUGGCUCCUGUAAAUAAGUAAUUUCGCAGUUUGUCUGUGCAAUGUUAAGAAUGGCAUAAAAGUGCCACAUGGUGGUGAUCUUUGAAACUGCACUUUUGACAUAUCGGUGUACUAGAGUGAGGAUGUCGGUGUGACAAAUGCAUAGAAGCAACAAACAAUCUCUCUUAGAAAAAUACGAGUUUAUCUGUUAGACAUCUUAACAAUAUGUAAAUAGCCAAAGUCUUCCAUUACAAUGUUGGUCUGUCCUUAUUCCCACUGAAGAGAAGUAACUCUCAUCACCUUGUACAGACCUAUAAAACAAUUUAAAUUGUCACUGCUCAGUUGAAUGACACACAAGACGUUGCUUCACCUAAGAUGUUUUCUUUUGCACCAGCUUAAACAACCCAGGAAACAGUGGGAGUCAAAGACUUUAAAAAGUAUUUUGUAAUUGGAGUCUGUUUGGAUGAAUUUCUGUAUAAGAUGCAGUGUGUCCUAUCAAUACAGUAUGUAGUAAGUACCAAUGUUUCUUUAUUUUGAUGGUGUUGAGAUUUGUUGUUAAAAUUCUUACUUCAAAUGUUUGAUUUGAAUUUUUAUCACAUAUAUUCAAGGAAAUAAAGAGUCUGAAGAAAAAUGCAGAAUGUGGUUUUCCUCAAUGAUAAUUCGUACUAAGGUUCAAAUGAUGUCAUGCAAAGUAUUCACACCACUUAAACAUUUACACAAUUUGUCCAAUUACACCGGCAACUAGUAAUGCUUUUUAAUUGCAGGACUUGAACAUUAUACUUCAUAAAGUUCAAUAGGUAUAAAAACUUUUGCCAGGAGCUAAAUUUACGCCAACAUUGAAGUCUGGCGUAGAGAGCUUAUGAUUUUGGAAAGGAGAAAGAUACAAUGUGCCUUGGCAAUAAUUUGAAUGUACUUUGUGGUUUGCCAGCAGUGAGAUUGACAAAGGUUUUAAUUCAGCUGGACCUGAAAAUAUCUUCACUUUUUCUCUCGUGUGUUGAUAUUUUCAAGAGCAAGCUUUCCCGUUCCAGAGCACAGACAGUAACACACACUAGACGUCCAUUUGCAGAACCAGUGCCAUGUUGCUAAGUCAUUCUGACAAACAUCUUACAUAAAUUUAGAGUUUCAGAUCAUGCAAAUUUUAA